AUGUGGAGAGUAGCAGUUGAUGAUAGUGAUGGUUUUCUGAUGCAGAGGGCGGAGUUGAAGGAUGUGCGAGGUGAUAGGCAUGCGAGUCGAGAUGGACAACAGAUGAGUCUGCCUCACGUCCUUCCUGGACUUAUCCUGCAAGGCGAUUACGUGGCAGCUGAUGCGCCGCAGCAUCGAGAAGGGCGUGAAGAUCGGCGUUGGCGAAGACUUCCUGACGUUGCGGGUGCAGAGCAUGAGACAAUCUCCAUGGCGAAUCAAGUGUGCAGGGCCAACUAUGAGGGUCAGGGAACCACCUAG